CCAGUGUAAAAGCCGAUGUUGGACGUCUGCGUGUUCUGUUGUUCACUCCGUUCUCGUGUCAGAAUGCAAUGCUUCAGAAGCACGUUUAUGUACAAUCAAGUAACAUCGCAUUCAAGAGGCAGGUCCUCUCUUGAACAACAUGCUGCACCGACCCGGCAAUCGUGGAACAUCCUCUCGGGAAUACAACAUCGAACUUACCGAAACUCUGGCUUCAUAUUAUGCAGAGGCCAAGUGAGUAAGCAACGAAUUCUAGAUGCAUUGUUGUUUGUAUCUGGGGGCUAUGAUGGAUCUA